AUGUUGACAGUGCGACUAACCGCCAACACUUGUUGCGAGGCGCUUGAGGUCGCUCGACCAACUAAGCACUUCCCUCCAUAUCACAGCAUCAUCGAUCGACAAUUCACAUCAGAUCCGAUGGCAACAUCUUCGAAAAGAAACCGUGGUGGAAGAAAAGAAAAGAAACGUUUGGAAAAUAAAGUGAUUCACAUGCGCAACGUGCGCGGAUUCUGUGGAUUCGAUGAGAAAAAAAAGAUAAGUGGAUUACAGGAGCAUCGACUGCGCUUUACGAAAACCGGAACCAUGGGGAAAACGUUGCGCAAUAAUGCAUUGGUAAUCGUCGUUUUUCCUAGCGAUGCAUCGGAAAUGUAUCUCGAUGUUCGCAGUUCGAUUUCACUUCAAUAG